GAGAUGAGAGAGUGUGAGAAGAUUGCGGGGAGAAGAGAGGUGGGAGGGGUGAGAAACUUUGUUUGGUCCCUGUUUCUCAUGUUGCGUGUGUAUGUGUGUGUAUGGAUUAUGUGGAUUACUUUUUUUUGUGAAAGGGACUCUUCCUCACAGACACACACGUCAAUAUGGCGUGUUGUAAAACGGCCGACCGAACGGAUUACUACUCGGGGGAAUAUGUACAGGGGUGAUGAGAGGGGCCCAAAUCUCCACCCUAGAAUUGGGGAGAGUGGGGGGGGGUCCUACUUUGCUGCCUAUAUCAAAAUGAAGUUUUUUUCUUCUUUCCACUUUCUAUUCGCGAAGAAAAAAGAGCCGGCGCAAUGA